AGCUGCGUUUAUUUAAUAAACUUUUGAACAGAAACCCAAAGACAGACCGAACCCAAACUCUGGUCAGGACAGAGUCUGCUGUGAUGGGGGAGAGAGGGCUGCUCAUCCUUCUGCUUGCAGGGUUUUGUGUGCCCGCUGACAAUCAGAUUAGAAAACACGUGUUUGUGAAAACUCUGAAGAGCUGGUCUGAAGCUCAGAGCUACUGUAGAGAGAAGCACACAGACCUGGCCACUGUGCGCAGCCAGGAAGAAACACAGCAGCUCUUAAAUAUUGCAGGAGCUUCUCUCAUUACUGAGGCCUGGAUCGGGCUGUAUCGUGAUGGCACACAGAACUGGCAGUGGUCUAACAGUGAAGAUGUCAUCUAUAACUGGACAGCAAAGCUCUUCUGUGCUUCAAUCAAUUCAGUGGGACGGUGGGAGGACAGAGUCUGCUUUGAGAAGAACGCUUUCAUGUGCUACAACGAGACCAGCACCAUCACUGAGAGAUACACCCUGAUUGAAGAACUGAAAAACUGGACUGAAGCUCAGCAGUACUGUAGAGAACACCACACCGACCUCGUCAGUAUAAAGAACACCAGUGAAAAUGAAGACCUAGUGAAGAAAGCACAGGGCAAGCCCUUCUGGAUAGGCCUGUUUAAUGAGCCCUGGAAGUGGUCACACCAGGGGGAUAACUACACAUUUCACUACUGGAGCAAUGAGCAACCAGACAAUUGGGGAGGCAAUGAGAACUGUGUGGAGAUCAUGAAGAGCGGUGAAUGGAAUGACUGUGGCUGCAUCUCUCAGUUCCCUUUCUUCUGCUAUGAUGAUCCACGGGACACCACCACUGUUCAGUUUGACUCUCAGAGCUCUCCAACCACCGGGCCAGCCGCUUCCCAAACACAAGAUGGAGGAGAACAAUCCCAGCAGCCUUCCACGAUGGACGGCACCUCUCCUCGAGCCAGCUCCCCUUCACACUCCAGCUCCUGGCUCCCUGGCACUUCACCUGCAGGAACAGGCACUCCAGUCCCUGAGGAUCUCCACCUGAUCUCUGACAGUAUGGUCUGGCCGGAGGCUUGGCAGUACUGCAAGGAUCACUACACUGACCUAGUGAGCCUCACAAGCCUGGCUGCACAGAACAGAGUGUCGGAGCUCGUCAGGAACAGCACUGCGUCGCGAUUCUGGACCGGCCUGCACAGAACCGUUGUGUAUAAUAACUGGUACUGGGUUGCUGGUAAGGAUAAGAAGGGGCUCCUAAACUACACUAACUGGGCCCCUGGGGAGCCCAACAAUCCUUACUAUGAGCACUGUGGGGAGAUGGUGCUGAGGGAGGAUGGGGGGGCUGAGUGGAAUGAUCUGUGCUGUUAUGAAAAGCUCCCCUUUAUCUGUUUCAAAGAUUAACAACACCCCUAAACGGUUUUACAGCAGUGGUUCUAAAUCUGUAUUUGGGACCCCUUUUAAAGUCACUUUAGUCUGAAAAAAACCUAUUUACUAAUAAAUUAUAGAAAUAUCUAAAUCUGAAUGAUAUUGUGUAAGCAAUCUGUGAAUAAUAAAGGAAAUUGAAGUCUUGUAUGUGACAGAGUUUGCAAUGCCAUGUCUGCUCUCUAUAAAGAG